AUGGCAAUGGAGGCGGCGCAACCGGUUUCUUUGUGCACUGAGGUCAAGCCGUUCAAGAUUGGCUGGAGGAUUCAAGUGAAGAUCUUGCAUCUAUGGAAACAGUAUGCCACGACUUCCAGAGAGACCAUUGAAAUGAUAUUCUCCGAUGUUGAGGGAAACAAGAUCCACGGAAGUGUACGGAAGCAGGAUGUCAAACGAUACGAGAGGUACCUCGAUGUCGGUGCUUGGAAGUUCAUACAGAACUUCACGGUAGCACAUGCAACGGGCCACUACCGCACCACACCGAACCCUUACAAGCUAGCUUUUAUCAAGGAGACGUUUGUGCUUCCAUCAGCGAAUCUUGGCGACGGUAACUACUUGGUACCCGUCAGUUUCAAGCAGAUCCACGAUGCCAAAGUGAAUGAGAGCAUCUUACAUGACAUAAUAGGUCAAGUUAUCGCCGUUGGACCGAUGGAGGAAGUUGAUACGCAGAACAAAAAGCAGAAAAAACUGGAGAUAGAACUAAGGGAUGGAAGUGAUGAUCGAAUUGGAUGUACAUUGUGGGGAACAAUGGUUGUGGAUAUGCUCGCCGCCGCUGAAGGAGCUGGUGAGGGAACAUUGAUUUGCCUACUUCGAUGGGCAAAAGUGAAGGCUUUCCAAGAGGUUAAGACUGUGUCCAAUGCCUAUAGUGCGUCAGUGAUGCUGAUCAAUCCACCAUAUCCAGAGAUUACAUCGUUCGCAAACAGCAUCGCAAACGAUGGCCUGAUACUAUCAAUUGCAUUCAACAAACCUGAUACUCAAUUGGUUGUUAAGAAGGAGCAAGAGGAAUACUGGGAUUUGUUUCCAACUUCGACUAUCAGCGAGGUCCUUGCUUUAGACACCGUUGGCAAUGCAAAAAUCAUGUGUACUGUGUUCGCUAUCGACACAGAUAUGAGAUGGUACUACAUUGCCUGUCCUAAGUACCAGCACAAUAAGGUGAAGAAAGUCAUUCCUGGUCUUAAUCAGAAGGUUCCCCCGGGUUCCAAGCAGAAGUGGUUUUGUGCCAAGUGUAAUGCAAACAUUACCAAUGUUGUUGCCAGGUUCAAGUUACAUGUCAAGAUGAUGGAUAGCACGCGAGAUACCAAUCUGAUGUUAUUUGAUUCCCUUGCAAAAGAGAUUGUCCAGGCUGAGGCAUCCGAGUUGCUCGGAGGUGUAAUCGACGAGAUCGAAGAUCCUGAUGACUUGCCUGAAGGGUUACAGGCUUUGUGUGGAAAGACAUUUCAGUUUGUAAUAGCCGUCGACAAAGCUAAUCUUGGAGGAGGGCAUUGUACGUACAAAGUUAUCAAGGUCCUUUCUAUACUUGGUAUGAUUGAUGAAACUGAAGACCUCACCGAUUCCGCAAGAGAUGUUACACCAUCUGAACUCAUUUCUGGUGAACCGAGUGUUUUGAUGUUGGAAGACAGCAAUGAAGUCCUGCUUGAAGAGGGAAUGUUGAAUGAAGGUACGCCGAUUUCCAAAAAACGGAACGAGAUCGUGGCAGAUGGGAGUUUGGAUGAUCUGGAAAGUGGGAACAAGAAAGCAUGUCUUAGAGAGGUGAAGAUUGAGAAGAUUGAGAAGAUGAAGGGAAUGGCGUAA